GACUCUUUUCUAUGAUAGAGAUGGACUCCCGCACAUACUCCGCACAUAUGCAUACCAAACUGAAAAUACCUAUGUAGUCUAAACUGAUGGAGACUGUAUGUCCUACAACUAACAGGGUGCCACACACAAAACGCCCGACUAACCAACAGUACCCAACACCUCUCGUCUGCACCUUCCCAACAUAACAUAUAUGAGACACACAAGACAGCUACCAAACUGAUUUGUUGAGCCUGUUACCCGCAGGGGAGAUGUCCCUAAUGCU